UCCUUCAGCAUCUUGACUGCUUCAUUAUUUCCUAUCUGCACCCUGUUUCAGUCAGACAUCAGAAGCAAAAUGGCGUCUGGAGUAAAAGUUGCAGACGAAGUGAAACAAAUCUUCGAAGAAAUGAAAGUAGUGAAAACUGAUGAUGACCAAAAGGAACGUAUAAGAAUCGUGCUACUUCACAUCGACACAGAAAUUAAAGUGAAGAAAAUCUACCGGCAAAUAGAUCUGGAAAACCAGGAUGAUGUCUUCAAGUUCCUCAAGACUCUGCUGCUUUGUGACCAGUGCCGCUACGUGCUGUAUGACUGCCACUUUGAAAUCAAGGAAAAUAUUCAAAAAGAGGAACUGGUCUUUAUGAUGUGGGCUCCUGACAGUGCAAAAAUGAAAGGUAGAAUGCAGUAUGCUAGCUCAAAAGGCGCAAUUCAGAGGGUUAUACAGGGGGUCAAGCAUAACAUAGAGGUAAACGACAUUGACGAUAUGGACAAGGACUGUUUUGCAGAUCGCCUAAAACAUAAGGUUCUCAAACUUGAGGGCCACUGUGUGACGGGUUAAUAAACAAUCCUCCUUUCCCCUGAUUCAUAACAAGGUACAUUUGAAUGGAUUUGAGAGGAUAAUAGCAAAGUUUUUAAAUCAACUGUGCUUUUUUAAUUGGUCCAAGAAAGGUUAAAGGGAAGUUUUCUUUUCUUAAAAAACAAAAAUGUCAGUAAUCAUUUAAAACCUAAUUAUUUACUUAUUC